CCGGUGAAGGGGCGAGACACCGGAAAAACAACAUUAGGCGCUGAGAGGCGCUCCUCCGCAGCUGCAGCUCGUGUUUUUACUGUACAUUUGUUUACGGCAAAGGAAACGAUCACGACGGCCUGUGCACUCACGAUCACAUCUGUUACAAGGUUCCAUGGAGGAGUCAGAGGAGCAGUCAGAUGACAGUCCAAAGAGGGGGAACCAUGAAACAGAAACUUUCAGGCUGCACAUGGUGACGUGGAAUGUGGCCACAGCCGACCCUCCUGACGAUGUGUCCUCACUUCUUCAUUUGAAUUCCCCAAAGAGUCCAGACCUCUACGUCAUUGGUCUGCAGGAGGUGUACUCGGGGCCGCUCAGAUUCGUGUCAGAUUCUGUGUUUGACGAUCCAUGGAGCCAUCUCCUCAUGUCCACUUUGGCCCCACGCAAAUACGUCAAGAUCUCCUCUAUCCGAAUGCAAGGGCUUUUACUGCUGUUCUUCUCCAAACUGGAGCAUGUCCCGUUCAUCAGAGACAUCCGGACCACAUACACAAGAACAGGCCUGUUUGGUUAUUGGGGUAACAAAGGAGCUGUGACGGUCCGCCUCUCGUUCUAUGGUCACAUGUUAUGUUUCCUUAACUGUCAUUUGUCGGCUCACAUGAAAUACGCCACAGCCAGAGUGAAUGAGUUUGAAUACAUCAUGGACACGCAGACAUUUGAAUGUAAACAAGCCCCCAGUGUCCUCGACCACCGGUUAGUUUUUUGGUUUGGUGACCUCAACUUCCGCAUUCAGGACCAUGGGAUGCACUUUGUGCGCUCCUGCAUCAAUUCACACAAGUACAACUUACUCUGGAGCAAUGAUCAGUUGAUGAUGAUGAAGAAGAAAGUUGAGUCUCUGCAGGAGUUUGAGGAGGGGCCGCUGGACUUUCAGCCAACAUAUAAGUUUGACCUCAACUCUGAUACUUAUGACAGCAGGAGCUACUGGACAUGGUUUUUCUUUAAUGGAAAGAAGAGGAAGCCCGCCUGGACAGACAGGAUUCUGUGGAGGCAGCGUCCCGAACCUGCUCUGCCCUCGGUGGACGAGGACAGUAACAACGGGGUGAAGAUGACGUCUGCUCUGGUGAAGCAGAUAGAGGAGUUCACCGAGUAUCCUCUGAAAAUCAAACAGGAGCUGUACACCAGUCAGAUGGAGUACGGCAUCAGUGACCACAAACCUGUGAUCGCCCUCUUCAGUCUGGAGAUGAGGAAAAUGCAUGACACUCCGCUGGUGUGUUUACGGGCAGUGGGAGAUUGGAGCGCUGACAUAGACUCUAUCAUCCUGUACAGCCCACAGCAGCCCUUCCCCUCCAGCUCCUGGGACUGGAUCGGCCUCUACAAGGUCGGCUUCACCAGUGUGUCAGACUACAUCACUUACACUUGGGUCAAAGACAACGAAGCAGUUUUCAAUGAUGAACACAUGCAGGUUUUCAUCAGUAAAGAGGAGAUCCCAGUCCGAGGAGGAGACUGUGUCCUGUGUUAUUACUCGAGUACAUUACAGUGCAUUAUAGGCAUCAGUGAACCAUUCAAGGUGCAUGAGUCUAAAGUGGCUCUGGAGGAAGGACUGAUGCCUGAAAAACUCAACGGACUCGACCAAAUAGUGGCAGAUGAGUUCUGGAAGUGAUCAGGUUUGUUUUUUCACUGUGGACCAGACCAGAAGACAAGAAGAUCGGACAAAACACGCAGAGAAUGGAGAAUAUAGGAAAUUAUUUGAAGAAGAGAUUUGAAGAAGUUCAUUCAGAGCUUUGACUGAGUAUUGACCCGUACUGUAGCUCAUGUGAUUAUGGGACAGGGCAUGACUGAAUCGCUUUGAAUGUAAAAGAUGUUACUCAGUAUGUAUAGAAAUUUGAAUAUUAGCUAUUUGAUGAAAAUGAGAACCCCUUUUAAAAUAUAUUUAUCUCUUGAGUUACUGUCGCUUCUAAAUUGCUGGAAAUAGAAGAGUAGUGUGUAUUUUAGGGCGGCUAGCUGCACAUUACACAUAUUAUGCAAUGUUUUAACUGCAACAGAUAGGACCAUAGGCAAAGGGAAGAUUAGUUGAAUAUAAAAAUAUAAGUUUGUAUGGAGUAAUUGUGAAAACGUCAAUCAUCAUCAUCAUCAGUCGAAAUAUAUUUGUUUACUUAUAUUUGUCACAUAUUACGCAAAAUUAACUUGGAUAACAUUUUACCCAUGAUUUAACUUCCCUUCACCUUACUCAAAAAUGUAUUUAGGUCGUGUUUAGUUGCAAUUAUUUGAAAAAUGAAGACUUUAAAUGAAGUGUUUAAAAAUACUGAGUGACCUGCUACCGUGAAAUCAGUGAAUCAUUGAGCAGGAUUUAUUUUUUGGUCUAUGUUAUAAUGUUGUUUCCUCAUCACAAACAGACCUGGAGUUGUGUUUUGAUUCAUUCACACGUUUAACACACAAACCCCGUAUGUUUAGACUGAAAUAGCCACUGAACUAAAGGUAAAAAAUAGCUGUUAACUUCAAAACUACUGCUUCUUGACAUCACAAGGUGGAGCAGAGCAUUGUGAGCUUUGGAGAUGUAAAUUUUAUGCAAUAUAGGACCUUUAAUUAUGGUGUCAAACGUCCACAAUUACUCCAUACAAACCAAAUACUACGUCACUUUUCAGAACAGACUGAAUUUGAUUUGGCGACUUAAACAGCAGAAUAAAGUGCAAUGUUAAAAAGGCAGAAGGUUACAAGCAACUGAAACUAUCACUGUGUUAAUGUGUCAUGUUUUUAGUGUUCCUGUUUUGAAAACCCGAGUUACUCAAAAUCUCCAAAUAUAUUUUAAAUUUGUUGCUGGAUCAACCUCAUUUAUUUAAUUUUAAAAGUAUGUCUGACUGUUUGAUAUCUAUAACCUGAACGAUGUAAGAUAUUUCAACACUGUAUUUCACUUGUUUUUCAGAGCACCAUUUGUCCAUUAUAAACUGCUCUCACAACAGCUACACAAGUGGCUAUCAUGACUAUAUUUUUUAUUUUCUUAAUGCAAUCUUAUCCUUAUUUCUUGCUGUAAUGAAGCAAGGCUCACACCACUGGCAUUUUAAGUUAAUACAUUUAAUAAUACUCGCUUUGAGAAGUGCCUUUAAAGGUGCAAUAUGUACAUUUUCUGCUUGUCUCCAUGGAGAUGAUACUGCUUUUCCUUCCUUACACAACACGGCCUUUAUCUAAAUAGCAAUUUUUCUCCAAAAUACCUUGGAAAAAGGUGUUCCUCCUGUGGUUUGGGUUGCCUCUCCACAGAUGUGACCUGUAACUUAGCCUGGUCUCCGUACAAAUAGACAUGUUUUAUACUGUACUGAUCAUUCAGGCCAAAGCAAUAACAUCGCCAUGGAAACAAGCAGGUAGUGCGUCUUUAUAAUGAACAUGGCUUUUGACCGUAUACAAGUGCAUGUAAAUAGUCAGAAUAACAAUUCAACACAGUGACAUAUUCAAACUUUAUAAAACAUGUUCUAAUGGUGAAAUUUGUAUUUUAUUUUAUAUUUAAUGAAAUGUAAUGAAUCAUAUUAUUACAUUUACAUUUCUCUUUUUAAAUUGUUCCAUUCAAAUGAGUUACUUUUAUCCAAAAUGAACAGCUCAAAUGUGGUGAAAUUUAUUUAACUAGUAAACUGUAUUGUUCAUACAAAAAUACAACAUGAAGCUUUUAUUCUUUGUGGACAUUUUGACCAAGUUGUUUACUGUGUGUGAACCUAAUCUAAGCCAUUACCAAAUUUCCAUCCCAUACACAACUUCAAUAAAAUACAUUCUGAACAGUC